AUGCCCUCUGCCACCAGCAUGGGCCUAAGCACCGUGACAGACACCCCAGUGGAGGAAUCCCUCUUCCAAAUCAUCCACUGCUUCCACCAUUAUGCAGCACGGGAAGGGGACGUGGAGACUCUGUCCCUGGAGGAGCUGAGAGCCCUGCUCUUGGACAACGUGCCCCGCUUCAUGGAGAGCUUGGUGCGUGGGGUCUGGGUGGCGGUGGGUGAAGAAUGGGCUGGGGGGUAUAAGACUCUCGGAUCCCAACACCUGGGUACCGGGCAGGCUGAUGGGAAGGGUCGGAGGGAUCCGUACUACAUCGCAGCCUUGUUCCGGGCGGCAGACAAGAACAAGGACAACCAGAUCUGCUUUGAGGAGUUCCUCUACAUCCUGGGCAAGCUGGUGAAGGACUAUCACCUGCGGUACCACCAGCAGCUCUGUGCCUACUACUGUGCCCAGCAUGGCCUUUAUUAG